UGGCAAAACGAAACAAAACAAAAUCGAACGUCAUCAUAAAAGUUUUAUUCUCUCUCUCUCUUUUUUUGUUUUUUCUCCAAUCAUUUUCGAUCUGAUUUCAAAUAAAGUCAUCACAUCGUUUAUAAUAGAUCAUCAUCACAAGUAAACAGUGCUUUGUUUCUAAUACUCAUAUCCAAUCGGUUUUUGGUUGACAUUGUUUAAUAUCAAGUCAAGUCAUCACAAUCAAUCAUCAAAAGAACCAUAAAACAAACAAUCUAAAUAAUCGUGUGAUUAAACUUUGAAAAUUUGUCCUAUUCAACUAACCAUAUUGCAUCAAAAAUAAGAGUAAACAACAAAACUUAUUUGUGUAUGCUAAGUGAAAGAAAACAAAUCAAUCAACCUAUCAAUCUUGAUUUAGUUCAUCUUGUCAUUCACAUAAUCUUGAUUGGUGCUUUUUUUUAUUGUUUCUUUACGUUUAAUUAUUACCAUUCGUAUUUUUUCACAAAUAAUCAACGACUUAAAAAAAAUUUAGCUGAUUUUUGCAUACAGAAUAAAAAUAACCAGGUAGAUAUCAACAAUGGAAAAUAGCCCAUCUGAUAAUGACAAACUCAUUGACGUUCCAACAUUCAUCGACUCAACCAAUUCGGCCGUUGAUCAAUCUCGAAUUCCGUCAAAUUUUUAUGAAUUGGAUUCAAAUUUCUCCAUCAUGAAUGUUGACAACAACAAAGGCGAAGGUGAUGAGAACAAAAAGGUGAUUCUUGAAAAUAUUGGCGAAGUUGAAGAAAAUUCCAAUAUUUCUAUAUUGGACAAUCUUAAAGAAUCGAAACUUGAUCCAGAUCCAAAUAAUCCAGACGAUUAUAUCAUUAAACCUGAAAAACAUAUAGAUCAUUUUGUUGAUCUGGAAUACAAACCUGAUCCAUUUCCUGUAAUUGAUUCUCCAUCAGUAAAACCAAAUUCUGCAAUUGAUAUACAGCCAAUAAAUCCUAAUGUCCGUCAUGAUUCACCUGAAACUAAAGACUGUGUUGACAAUAUCGAUUGUCAAUCGUCUGCAAAAUAUUCGGAUUCCUUUGAUAUUCCAGAUAACAUAACAAACAUCCUCGAUGAAAAGUUUGAUCUUCUAGAAAUCACCUAUAGCGAUUAUUCACGAGAAUCCGAUGCUUUGGAUUCAUCUUUGAACACAAAUGACUUCAAAAGUGAUCAACCGGUAAAAAUCCCCGUGAAAGAAGACGAAUUAGUCAAAAAUGAAUCUCUAAUUGGUGAAAAGAUUGCAGAUGAUGAAAUGAAAAUGAAUUCACAAGCUAAUGAUGGAUCUACUGUAUUUGUCGAUAAUUCGAAUGAUUCGGUUGUAUCUUCAAGUACUGAUGCUCAAAUGAACAUCACUAAAUCAGAACAAACAUUGCAAGAACCGUUGAAUGAUUCUUCACCAAUGUCAUCGAUAAAAAAAACCACUGUAGAAGACGAUGUUACCGAUAGAUUAAGUGAACAAUUUCCUGAUUUUGCCUCUAAAGAAAUGAAACCAAUUGUUGAACCGCAUCAUGAAGAGCCUUUAAUCGUGGAACAGACUACUGCAUUUACCCAUAUUGAACCAAUUCCAAUUUCAGCUGUUCUUCCAACACAAAAUAUCGAUCAAACCAUUGAUGAAAAUCCGGUGAAAUUAUCGUCAUUUAAAGAGGAAGAAAAUUCACAUCCAAAUUUGAAACCAGAACAUGCAGAAAUUGUUGAUAUACCACAAGAUUCAAAACCUGAGUACGUCGAACCUUUGAUUGUGAAACCGGUGGAGGAAAAACUUGUCGAAAAAAUGGAUCAAGCUCUAUCGCCAUCAGAGAAGACAGAUUUGUUUUCAGAGAAAUCUCCCACGAUUACGUCGAACGUAUUGCAAUCUGACCAAAACCCGAUUGGACCUGAAGCAACUUUAGUGCCGGAAAAUAAUUUAUUUUCAUCCAACAAUUCAGAUAAUGUUGAACGGAAAGAGUCUUUUGAAAUAGAAAAACAAGAAAAGCUUCAAACUUCCAGCUCAUCAUCAUUUCAAAUGGAUAACUUGAGGUUUGAUGAUGCUAUAAAAUCUGCUGCUAACAUGGCUACAGGUGUUGUUGAAAAACCUGAUAAUUUAAUGUCCGAUGCUUCUACCUUUUCACCAAUGAUGAUAAACGAGCCAGAUCGCCAUUCAAAUGAAGCAUUUGUUGAUUAUGAUAAAGUUGCUACAUCGGCCGCUGCAGCAGCAUUUGUAGAAGAGGCAAUAGCAACAGCAAAAACAGUCAGUUCAGGCAUGAUUUCUGAUUUUAUGCCCACGUCAGCUUCAAUAAUCUUAUCUCCUUCCGUGGACAUCAUCGACACCAAUGUUUGUGAGAAGGUAGAAGGCAAUAUUGAAGAUAGUUGUAAAAAACCAAUACAAGUAUCAACUACCAGUGAAAAACUAUCGUCUGCGAUUAAAAACGACCAAAUAGAUGAUUUUGUAGAAGAAAAAGAAGAACCAGUCAAGUUAGAUCCUUUUCCUAUUGUACAACAACAACAACAACAAAAAAGACGAAAAUUUCUACGAAUCAUCAAACGAACAACAACAACAACCAUCUUUGCCUUUGUUGUCGUCAUCAAUCUCUUCGACAAAAAGUGAUCAUCAUAAAAAUUCUGAACAACAAGAAACAGAUUCGGUUGACAUAUUUCAAGAAUCAUCAUCUACGGUAUUGGUGCCUGAACAAAAAUCAUCGAAAGAAGAAAAACAACAACAGCAACAA